GUGUCGCUUGCUUGCGGGUGUUUGAGAAAAAACGCGAAAACGCACCGCGCGCGCACCGAAUUGAGCGCCAAUCAAUCGUGAUAGCUAGUGUUCGAUGUAAAGUUAUCGUUGCGAGUGUUAUUCAACGGGACUAGCCUCGGCAUUGGUGAAAAUUGUGUUCUGAAAGUGUGGCGCGUUCAUCGCGAAGAAAGUGGCUUUUUUUAACGCAGGCGGUUUGCCGUAGCGCGGGGUGCGUCGUUGAAAAAUUAGGGCUUCACGCACACAGAGCACCGUGCGUGUACGUACACAAAACUUUUGCCUUCCUAUAAAACGGUUCGUAAUUUGUCCGCUAUAAUUCGUGUCCGUACACGCACCACUACCAACGGGGAUUAGUGUGAGUGAGUGGGAUCGCGUGUGUGUGUGCGUGUGUGUGUGUGUGUGUGUUAUGUGUGUGUGCGGCUUGCUGCCGACCGUUGUGUAUCAUCCUGCGGCUUCGACUUUUUUAAAUGUCAUUCGGGAUAAACACAAUCCACCUCGAAGAGAAAGUCGCGCGCGCGCCAAUCCUUGGUCGGAAUCUUUGCUUGUGAACAAUUUCCCACGGGAUCCCUCUGCAAAUGUGGCGCUUGUUGGAGGGCGCUGUUCCGCCGUUCACGACUAGGCGAGGAAUGUAGGUUGCGAAACUGCUGGUUUUUUGUGGGAAAAAGUGUCGAUUUUGAGGAAAGCAUCGGAAAACCGUCGUUUAUAAUCGCGGUCAAAGCAUCACCAUCAUCAUCCAGCAUCCAGCAGCAGAAACAGCGGAAACAGCAUCAUGUUUUACGCACACAUCGUGCUGGCCAAGAAGGGCCCGCUGGCCAGAAUCUGGCUGGCCGCCCAUUGGGAUAAGAAGAUCACGAAGGCACACGUCUUCGAGACCAACAUCGAGCAGAGCGUGGACGGAAUCAUGCAACCGAAGGUGAAGCUGGCCCUCCGCACCUCGGGUCAUCUGCUGCUCGGUGUGGUACGCAUCUACGCUCGAAAGGCCAAAUAUCUGCUGGCCGACUGUAAUGAGGCGUUCGUCAAAAUUAAGAUGGCCUUUCGGCCCGGUAUGGUCGAUCUGCCGGAAGAGCACCGGGAGGCGGCGGUGAAUGCAAUCACGCUACCGGAAGUGUUCCACGACUUCGAUACACCGCUACCCGAGCUAAACGAUGUUGACAUCGAGGCUCAUUUCUCCAUCAAUCAGUCCCGCGCCGAUGAGAUCACGAUGCGCGAGGACUACGGCACACUGUCGCUUAACAUUCACGACGACGGGUUCGGCGAUAUGGGAUUCGACGAUGCUCCCGAUAUGGUUCGCGAUCGAAUCGACGAAGAGAUGGAGGAUGAUCUGUUUACGGACACAGUCACACGGCCACCAGACUUGGAGCAGGAUAAGGAACCCAUGCCUGGAACCUCGCGAUCGUUACUUGAUUCCAUUGACCCGCAUCAUCCUCACGGCGACGAUGACAACUUUGGGGACGAAGAUUUUGGUGGCCAACCGGCAGCAGGAUUAUUCGAGGGAGAUAUCUUUGCUGAUGCACCACUUGCACCGGAACCGGUACUUCCUUCGGCCGUACCCCAGCGACAGGGUGACGAAUCGGAUGACGACGAUGAUGAUCAUUUCGAUAUGGCGGGAGCACCGUCACCGGCACCGAGCUCGGAUAACUCGCGGCCUCCGUCGCCCAUCAUGGCCAAUGCAUUGCUGGACGGUGCAGCGCAGGCGCCCGGUACAAGUGGUAAAGAUGCACCCCAUCCGACGGCGAAUGACGAGGAUGGACGCGUUGAUGAUGGUCUGCCGGAUCAAACGACGCUACUGAACAACGAGGAGGAGAGCUUUGCGUUGGCACCGGUCGAUGCGACUGCACUCAAGGGUACUACCAAGUCGAAGCGGAAGCGUAAGCUGAUUGUCGAUGAGGUGAAGAACAUAUCGGGCGAGGAGAUGAAGAGCCAGUUGGCGAACACGUCGGAUAUCGUGACGACGCUGGAUCUAGCCCCUCCUACCAAACGGCUCAUGUACUGGAAGGAAACGGGCGGUGUUGAGAAGCUAUUUGCGUUGCCCGCUCGAGAUAUACCUGCCCGCUGUUUGUUCAAAAACUAUCAACGCCAUCUGACCUCGCGCUGGAUCGGUAUCGAGGACUUUUCCGUACUAGGACCGCUGGAUGUGUUGGGAUUGGAGUUGCCGGUAGAGCGUCCGGAAUCACCUUCACCGCAGGGAGCAGGAGCAGUACCGACGACACCGGGCAAGCGAGGCCGGAAACGAAAGCAACCGGCGGAGCAGGCCUUCCUCGAACAAUCGACAGGUAGUAGUGUUGACCAGAUACGAAGCGGAGCACCGGAAAUGGCACCACCAACACCGGUUUCAAUGGAUAUGCAUGACGAUGGGCUAGCAGCGGCGGAAGCGUCAGCCUCUGCAUCCUUCAUGCCUCCUCCUGCUACACCUGGCUUGGGCAACCUAACGAGUCCUAGCCAUCAGCAGUUGGCCCCGCCAACACCGGCUAGCUUUCCCGCCGUACCCCUUACUCCUGGCCAGCUCGAUCAUAGUGGUGGCCUUACACCGAUGGGACUUGCGCACGGUGGACUCACACCCAGCGAUCUCCAUCACGGCGGCGGCCUCACACCAGCAGGUCUACAUCAUGGUGAUCUUGGUGGCGGUAUGACACCGCACGGCCUUGAUCAUGGUGGAAUGACUCCUCAUCAUUCAUCCUUGGAACACAUCGAUCAGAUCCCCGCCCUGCCCGCCGAUCAGGUAUCCUCUAUACUGAACGAGCCGGGCAUGGAGGGUUUCUCCAACAUGGGCUUCGAUGGCAAUACCUCGGAAGAGAUCGCUAACGAUUGGAAUGGAGAUUACGAAUUUUCACCCUCGGUCGGACCGGCGCAUCCGAACGAUGAGCAGCAAGUGGAUGAAACUAUCGAACAGUUUGAGGAGCGCGUGCUUAACAAACGAGCGGCUCAGAUGUUCCUCUCGGUCAAAUCGCGUCUCCUGAAGGCCGAUCACAUCAUGCUCUCCGAGAUGACGCAUCGCAACAACAAGAAACAGGCCGCGCAAAAGUUCUAUUCACUGUUGGUGCUAAAGAAGUUUAAGGCACUCGAAAUCUCCCAGAAGCAACCGUUUGAUGACAUCACCGUCUCCCGAGGACCUAUGUUUGAUAAUCCGAAGCUGUAAAUUUACUUCUAUGUUUACGAGUCGAGGAGAUGGAAAAAGUAUCGCACUGCGCGUGAUCGUUUUUGAUCCCGUAACAAUUGUGUACAGUACUGUCUACAUUAGUGUUUAGUGGUUACGAAGUAGAGCUCACGAUGGGCUGCCCGCAAAUGUGUGCUGCUCGGUGAAAGUUAUUUCGCGCACAUUCGGUUCGAGAAUUCGCAUUUAUUUCGAAACACACAUCUCUGUUGGUACUGACGUCCGGGGAGAUGGCUGAUAUGAACAGAGAUGAUGCUUCAGGUUCGUCAGACAGCAGAAAAAGGCGGAUGAUUAUGAUUGUUGAUAGUGUUUUAUUAUUUUUUUAAUUUUAUUUCCAUUUUUGCUACCUUCCUGUUAUGCUAGAUGUUAAUUAAAGUGUAUUGAUGUGUGUUCGAAGGAAGAGAUAGAACGGUUUUUUCUGAAUCGCGGGACAAGUUUCACCAUUUGACGCGGCAACUCACCGUCGGCAAUACUUGAGUAGCUUUACGCAUCAUCACCGAGUGGUUGGGAUCUUGAGUUGACAUUUUACUUUUUCAUUGUAGUGUAAUUAUUUUAAUCUCAUUCAUUUAAGGUAGAUCACUUAAGUCACGUCGUUACGCACGCGACGCGUGUAAACGGUAUCAGUGAUGUGAAAACAGGACUUAUCUUCUUCAGACACUUCUACUUUGUGCUACUCAAUGAAGGCAUUAUAUUAUGUAUUCGCUAGUAGAUGAAGCGCAUAUUCAACGUUCAAAGUAUGUGUUAUCUUUUGGCAAUGUCAUUCUUAGCCACAGGAGCUGAAAAAAAACUGUGGGAUGUGACACGGAAAGUCUGACGACUAAUACAAUGAAUCCAUAGAUUGAAGAUCAUUCUGCGGUGUUUAAUAUAUCCCGGUAAUGGUACUCUAUCUAUGUUAACCUAGUUGUAUUGAUCGCUAAAUGUUGGAAACAUUAGGCCGGUGCCGUUUGUCACAACGAAUUGAAUGUCAGUCAUGUCAGUAUUUACAGUUUGUGUUCCAAAUUUGUCGAUGAGGCGGCAUGUCAUAUCUAGCGUGCAAUGUACACAGACUAGCUUUUAAUAUGCUGCCUUGGCUCCUUGUUCUUAUGAAUAAGUCAGCGAAGAAUUAGUAAUAUCCUAAUAAUUUGUUGUAUGGAUUUCGUUCAACAUUGUAUUUCAGAUGGUUUCAUUUGCCCUAAUAUGGACCAAUUGUUCCAAAACAGACUUGUGAAACAGUUUUUGAUGUUUGGCAGAUAAUUGUUGUUGUGUAAUAGAUAGAAAGUCCGAUGGUUAUCCAAAUUUCUGUCGCUGAACCAUACACACGUGUUCCGUCGCGUAGGACCCUUCUCCUUAUCCUUGUGUUUGCUGUUUGUUCCUUGUUCCCCCUGAUUCCUUGUGCAUACACGGUUUUAGUCUUUAAAUUAGCUUAAUCCAUAGCGGCACGAUUUUAAAGACAGCAUGCACAGUGCUGCUAGUAACAUUCAGUUGGAAUUUUAUUGGGUUUGCAUGCAUUUCUUUCAACGACUCCAUGUUGGAUACGAGGCUGAACGUUUUUUAACAGGCUCGACGAAAGAAUGAAGAGACUUUCGUAAUUCUCGUAGCAUGCUGUCUCUGUAAACUAUAGCUAAGACGUAGUACGAAGGAAGAAGCCACACGUUAGGCGUGGCAUAACAGUAGUAAAACCUGGUAGUGCAUAGAGGUUGUGUGUAUAUGCAGUAGCAAGAGAGCACUGAUAUAAGUGUAAUGAAAAGUAGAUGAAGGGAUGCAAAGGAAGAUAGAAACAAACAGAAACUUAUAAAUUUGAAAGAAAUUUAUACAAAAAAGUUGACAAAUAAAGAAUAUCUUGCAAGGACACUUUGAUCAAACGACAUCAAUUGGAGUAUCACCAUAUUUGCAUCUGGAUCACCCUGAUGAAUGAGAAGCGUGAGAGGCUUGGUGCUAGAUCCAGCGUUUGCGUGCGAGUUCAUCUCCGAUCGGAUUUUCGGUAAGCUUGAUAAUUGAUGUUCCGGAUUAUAAUUAUACUAAUUCUGGUACUAGCGGGCAAGAGUCUCGUGUGCGAAACAAUCCAGGAAUAUAGUUUGAAUCGCACGAUCGUUAAUGAUGUUGAGUAAUACCUUUUUUG